GAACUCGAGUAGCCCAAAAGCCCUAUACCCAAAACCCUGCCAAAGCCAACUGUCAAAACGGGGACACAGGCCAGAUGGUGCUUCUGCGCGUUUGCCGUCACUUCGGCCACCUGCGCUUCGCCUCCUUCCUCUCAAUGGCGGCGCCCCAGCAAUCCGCUCCCCUGUCCGGGUCGGCGCCCAAGAGGCUCAGGGCGAUGGCCACAGACGCCGCUGCAGUGCCGAAUCCCCCAGCCUCUAGUGGCUGCCCCGCGAUGAAGGCGGAGUUCGCCAAGCACGCCGAGUACCUCAACACCCUGAAUGACAAGAGAGAAAGGCUUGUGAAAGCUAGUCGGGAUAUUACAAUGAACAGCAAAAAGGUCAUCUUUCAGGUCCACAGAAUCACGAAAGUUAACAGGGACGAAGUUCUCUCGAAGGCAGAAAAUGAUCUUGCUGCAGUUGUUAAUCAAUACAUUGCAAAACUAGUAAAAGAAUUACAAGGAACUGACUUCUGGAAACUCAGAAGAGCCUACACCUUUGGUGUACAAGAAUAUGUCGAAGCUGCAACACUCUGUAGAUUUUGCAAGACUGGCACUCUAUUAAGCCUUGCUGAAAUCAAUGAUUCUUUACUAGCACUAAGUGGUCAAUCUGUUGAGCCCUUACAGUUAAAUGUGCUUGACUAUCUUUUAGGGGUUGCUGAUUUGUCCGGAGAGCUUAUGAGGCUCGCAAUAGGCCGUAUAUCUGAUGGGGAAGUUGAAUAUGCAAAAACUAUCUGUGCUUUUGUGCGGGAUAUUUACAGGGAGCUGACCCUUGUGGUGCCUUUAAUGGAUGACAAUAGUGAGAUGAAGAAGAAAAUGGAGGUCAUGCUGCAAAGUGUAGUAAAAAUUGAGAAUGCUUGCUUCAGUGUUCAUGUGAGAGGUUCAGAGUACAUUCCUCUGCUAGAAUCAUCAGCAGAUCCAGGCUAUUCUUAUUUUGGUGCCCCGGACUUUGAUCAAUGAAUGUUUUGAAGCAAGAACUAACUGAGUGUUAAAGGAGCUUAGAUCAAUUUAAGGAGAGCGGUUGUGUCAAGGCUACUCUUAGGUCCACAGUUGGGUGUUUGAUUUUAUCGCCAGUUUAUGUUGCACAUCUUGAAGUCUGUAAAUCUAAGCCCCAACGUGGUAAUCCGGGAGAAUCAUGUUGCAAUACAACCUUUUUAUGGUGCAGACUUGUAAUACUCAAAUUGUAAGGGAGAAUUAAAGGAGGAAUUGUCUCCUUUGAAUGUGUGUGUGCAUCUCCAUUUAUCA